AUGGCCGCGCUUGCUCAGCUGCCCCCACUCCCCCCCCAGUUUAAGAGCAUACAGCAUCAUCUGAGGACGGCUCAGGAGCAUGACAAGCGGGACCCUGUGGUCGCUUAUUACUGUCGUUUAUAUGCAAUGCAAACUGGAAUGAAGAUUGAUAGUAAAACUCCAGAAUGUCGUAAAUUUUUAUCAAAGCUAAUGGAUCAGUUAGAAGCUCUUAAGAAACAGUUGGGUGAUAAUGAAGCUAUUACUCAAGAAAUAGUUGGUUCUGCCCACUUGGAGAAUUAUGCUUUGAAAAUGUUUUUGUAUGCAGAUAACGAAGAUCGUGCUGGACGAUUUCACAAAAACAUGAUCAAGUCUUUCUAUACUGCAAGUCUUUUAAUAGAUGUCAUAACAGUGUUUGGAGAACUCACUGAUGAAAAUGUGAAACACAGAAAGUAUGCAAGGUGGAAGGCAACAUAUAUCCAUAACUGUUUAAAGAAUGGAGAGACUCCUCAAGCAGGGCCUGUUGGAAUUGAAGAAGAUAAUGAUGUUGAAGAAAACGAAGAUGCUGGGGCCACACCCCUGCCUACUCAGCCACCCCGGCCUUCAUCUUCAGCUUACGACCCAGGCAGCGUGCCGUCCAGCAGCUUCACGGGAAUCCAGAUCCCCCCGGGUGCGCACGCUCCAGCCAACACGCCAGCGGAAGUGCCUUCCAGCGCAGGUGUAACAAGUAAUACUAUCCAGCCUACUCCCCAGACUGUUCCGGCUAUUGAUCCUGCACUUUUCAGUACAGUGUCCCAGGCGGAUAUCCGUCUAACACCAGAGGACUUUGCCAGAGCUCAGAAAUACUGCAAGUAUGCUGGCAGUGCUCUGCAGUAUGAGGAUGUCAGCACAGCGGUGCAGAAUCUACAGAAGGCCCUCAAGUUGCUAACUACGGGCAGAGAAUGA